GGGAGACCAGAUAUAGUGAAUGCAGGGUCCGGGGAGACCAGAUAUAGUGAAUGCAGGGUCCAGGGAGACCAGAUAUAGUGAAUGCAGGGUCCGGGGAGACCAGAUAUAGUGAAUGCAGGGUCCUGGGAGACCAGAUAUAGUGAAUGCAGGGUCCGGGGAGACCAGAUAUAGUGAAUGCAGGGGUCCGGGGAGACCAGAUAUAGGGAAUGCAGGGUCCGGGGAGACCAGAUUCAGUGAAUGCAGGGUCCGGGGAGACCAGAUAUAGUGAAUGCAGGGUCCGGGGAGACCAGAUAUAGUGAAUGCAGGGUCCGGGGAGACCAGAUAUAGUGAAUGCAGGGUCCGGGG